UUUCUGGUGCUUUCAGAAUCGGGCCACAAAGUCUCUGUUCAGUGACGUCUUCUUCGCAUCAGAUACUAGUAUCCCCACCUGACACCCAACGCCUGAAGAAAGAAGCUGCCACCGGCUACCCCGAGACAGAAAAUUCCAUGAAGGUCGUAGAGGAUCGAGCGCCGCAGGUGUGCUCCACUUGCAAGAUUCGAAAGAAGCGUUGUGACAAAGGUCUGCCGAGCUGUGGCUAUUGCGCCAAACGAAACCUCCGAUGUCAAUAUGAGGAAUCUCCACCGACAGGGACCGACCGAGACACGACCGGGUUUCCUGAAAUAAGUGCAAAUGCGAUGUUGCUGCAGAUGGUCUCCCUUUUCGGACCGUCCCCGGAGAAUCUGCCCGUCAGACCCACUGACCGCAUCUGUCAUCAUAUCAGUGACCGUUAUUUCAGAAACUUUCAUAAGUGGCUUCCCAUCAUAUCUCCCAGGCUAUUCUGCACCGCGAUUAGUGCAUACAAUGACCGUUUAGAGUCUCCGCCUGCGGACCUUUCUGUCCUGUUGCUCGCCAUGUGCCUAGUUACGCUCCAGCCGUCAAAUGAUUCCUCAACGGCCUCAGUUACCCCUCCAGGCCUCCACAGGACUGUGAAAGUGGUUUUUGCCGAAACGCAAUCGAUGAUGUGCACAUCCACCCGCUUGCUUCAGGCGAGCGUGUUGAUUGCCGCUUACGAAUAUGCCAAUGGGCGACCGGAGGCGGCACAUAUAACCAUGGGAACCUGCACUAGAAUUGGGUACGUGGACGGAUUACAACACAGCCGCCCACUGCAAACGGACUUGGCGGGGAGUCGAUGGUCCAACAUGGAGGAAAUCGAGAGAUAUAACCUGUGGUGGGGGAUUCUUAUUCUGGAAAGGCUUGUUCUAUGCGAAGUCGAGGGCAACCAGCAACGCCCUGCAACAGAAUAUCCGUCCCCGGGCGCCUUUUUACCCAGUGAUCUAUACGAUGACGGAGACGACACUUAUAAUAGAUUAACCCUUCAAAACACAAAUCUGCGCAUGCCCAAUAUCCACGUGUCAAACCCCAGUAAUUUUGGACGCCAGGCAGAAGCCGUAUAUCUGCUUGACCAGGUUCUGGCCGUGCAACGCCUUCCUCAAGACGAUCGAUCUAGAAUAUCGGAGUUUCGACGACUCGACGAGUGCCUCCAAGGGUUCCUCACGAUGGUGAUGGGCACCGAUACGGUCAAAAUUGGCCAUGGCUGCAGUGGCAUUGCCCCUGCUGUAAGAGCACUCUUCCUCAUCCACCAGGACAUCCUGCGCAAUCCGUCUGGUGCCAUUGAUGUCCAGUGGUUACAUUACUCCGAAUCAGUCCUGAAGACGGUCGCAACUGUUGUGGUGGACGUUGCGCGACACCACAAUGAGCAAAUCACAUGUAAUAAUGCCCACGCCGACUUGUUGCCCUUGAAUUGCUCCUACAACCUUCAUUUGGCCAUGAGGUGUGUCCAGGAUUGUGUGGAAAUCUCCGGACGGACAAGACGCUCUGGUGAUCUGGACACACUGGCACAGUUGGAUCAAGAAUUUUCCAACAGAUGGAAGGCGGGGCGACACCAAGAGCCGAAAGCUCGCCAAAAUCCCACCGGGUGGAGAUGGUCGAAUCAGGAUCCAGGGACGAGAGGAUUCAUGCCCGGAGCAUCCGGCCGCAUGGCCGUAUUGGGAGACUUGGUCGGGGCUAGGCGGAACUAG